AGGACGGUAUAUAUUAGCGCUUUCGCAAAGGUCGACAACCUGCAUGAUUUCAGCUCGGGUCCUGUGAAGUGUGCUUUUAAUACCUCCACGAUACGGUUAUUAUUUAGAAAAAGGAAAAUCUAUAUAAAUGGCUGCUCAUAAAUUAGUUCUGAUUCGCCACGGUGAGAGCUGCUGGAACCAGGAGAACCGUUUCUGCGGCUGGUUUGAUGCUGACCUCAGUGAGACUGGGAUUCAGGAGGCAGUAAGAGGCGGACAGGCCUUAAAAGAUGCUGGCUUUGAGUUUGACGUUUGCUACACCUCUGUCCUGAAGAGGGCCAUCCGUACCUUAUGGCUAGUUUUGGAUGGCAUCGAUCAGAUGUGGCUUCCUGUGCACAGGACUUGGCGUCUGAAUGAGCGCCACUAUGGUGGUCUGACUGGUUUAAAUAAAGCUGAGACUGCUGCCAAGCACGGUGAGGCGCAGGUGAAGAUCUGGAGGCGCUCAUAUGAUAUCCCUCCUCCUUCCAUGGAUGCAGACCAUGACUACUACAGUGUUAUUAGCAAGGAUCGGCGUUAUGCUGACCUGACUGAGGACCAGCUGCCUUCGUGUGAAAGCCUGAAGGACACUAUUGCUCGUGCACUUCCGUUCUGGAAUGAAGAGAUUGUGCCUCAAAUCCAGCAGGGCAAGAGGGUGCUGAUUGCUGCUCAUGGCAACAGCUUGAGGGGUAUAGUCAAGCACCUGGAAGGUAUGUCAGAAGAAGCCAUUAUGGAGCUGAAUCUCCCUACAGGCAUCCCCAUACUUUAUGAGCUAGAUGAGAACCUGAAGCCCAUCAAGCCAAUGCAGUUCCUGGGAGAUGAGGAGACUGUGCGAAAGGCCAUGGAGGCUGUGGCAGCACAGGGGAAAGCCAAGAAGUAGUUUACUCCCAUCGACCAAUUGUUUAAAGCACUGAAAGCUCUACAGCAACCUACUCGUAAACAUUUACCCUCAUGAUGCAGUGCAUGUUUGGAUCUUGUAUCUUAAUGUUGAGUGACCUUGAUAGUUACGUAUAUUUGACCAAAAUGUAGUUAUGAAUAGUAUUUAUUGACCACGUACCAUUAGGGACCACUUAAUUUGUCCUGACACCCUUCAACCAAAUGCUUUCAUAUGUUACGGACCAGAAACCUGAACUGUAGGCUGGAGAAAGAUUUUACUGUAAUUUAUAAUCUGAUUGUACAUUCAGAACAGGGAUUCUAGCAAAUAACAGAAUGUCAUUUAACAGUUAACUGUCUGGAUAUAUUAAGAUGCUGUGCACUUUGAUAGAAUUGAAGACAAUGCACUUUUGUUCACGAAGGUUUAUCUUGUUUCAGGCUGUAAAGUUUAAAAUGCAAUCAUUUCCUUGCAUAAUGAAUUGAGUAGAGCUAUACCAAGUGGAAGCCCAAUAAAAGUGCAAUACACUUUCGACUUUAAA